AUCCGGAAGGAUUCGCUGCAGAUCCAACAUGGAGGCGCUGCUCCUUCGGUGCCAAUCUGCCGCCGACGUCGAGGUCAUCCUCGAGGGCGCCUUCUCGAGCGUUCUGGAGAUGAGCAACAUGGCGUCUCUCCAUGAGGCCGACGCCCAAGUCGAGCUCCACGACGUGGUCUUGGCGGCGCUCUCGCCGUCGACGUCGUCCGACCUCGAGCAGACGCUCAAGGCCGUCGGCAACGCGCAGCUUCGCCAGCUCUUGGCCGACCUUCUCCAUGAUCAGCGGCGUGCCUUAUGGCGAGAGAUUUCCACGCGAUCGGGCGCCUGUCCAUCGCUGCCAAAGAUGCUGGAUGUCCAAUGGCGUGUGCAGGUGACAUCCGACCCCACGCAUGACGCCGGUCGCGUGGAGCCCAUCGCGCUGCUCGAAUGCACGGGGCAAGAAGCGCAAGUCCAUUCAGCUCAGUUCCCGGCGCUGCGAUCGAUUCAGUUUCAACUGACAAAAGGGUCGGCGGACAAAAUGGUAUCCGAGCUGCACGUGAUCCGCGACCAGAUCCAAUUGCUGCAGAGUACAUCUCGUCUUGCUUAGGAACCUUCUCCUUCUAAUCAAUCAAUACGUGUCUACUCGUCCGAGUCGUAGCCCGAGUGGUAUGCGACUUGGAUGCUCGACUUCUUGGCCUAAACAG